AUGAUGAAAACAAGUGGAGGUAUACCGCAGUGGGAAACAAACUCGCGGUCUGUUGUUUGCUCACCGAUUGCUCUGCCAGCUUGGGAUGGUGGCCCACGUCGCGUGUAUUCAUCGGAGUCCACAAUGACUCUUCACACCGCUGCCUGUCCUGCUCCAGCUCCUAUGGUUUUGCUUGGGUUGCAUGUUUUCAAUCAGUAUUAUCCACAUCCCAGCUCCCUUACCUUAGUUGACCGCAUUUUCCAAGCUUGGUCUCUCUCUCAUCUUCCGAUGUUCUUGGAGUUUUUUGUGGAAAAAGGAUUUUGCAAUGAAAUACGAAACUACUCAUCAGAAAGAGAUCCCCCCGCCCUCAGAACUAAAGAUGCCUUCAGUAGGCGUCGUGGCGUGCUUGAUGAUAUCAUUGUGGCAGCCUCUGAUCAGGGAGAACUCCUUCAUCGCUUAACCUCAGUACUUGAUCGAAUCCAGAAAUACGGCUUUCAUCUCCGAGCAGAAAAAUGUGCAUUCUUUCUUACGUCUAUCAAAUAUUUGGGUUUCAUCUUCGAAAAAUCUGACCGUCCUUCUGACCCGGACAACAUUGAUGCCAUUCAGAAAAUGCCACCACCGACGGAUGUGCCUUCACUGCGAUCUUUCCUCGGAACGGGGAUCCGAAUGGCUUUGAAUGCGCAGACACGAGAGCAGUUCGAACAAUAUGCAAUGGAACACUUUCCAGACGACGUUACCAAGCGCCAAGAACUGAUUGCUCAUUUGCAAGACUGCCAUUUCCGCGAAUACGUGGCCUACAUUCAACAGCAAUAUGCCUUAGCACGUCAGCGGCAACUCACCGAUAAGGCAUCAAAUUCCAUCGAUUCUCCCGCAUCACCUACUCAGGAUGCUGAAGCACCCCAUACAAGUAGUGAUCUGUCUCCACAGACGCGAGUCAACGGAAACGGUCCUUCUGUAAAGGUCAGCGGAGAGUUCGUGGAAAAACUAAUGGACUCAAUGGAAAAAGUAGCGGGCAUAGUAGCUUCCCAAACCAACUCUGAUGCGGUUCAUCACGCUGACACUCAACUUCCUCGACCUCCAAAUCCUCAAUUGGUCGCGGAUGAAUCCACUGCCGAUCACCUUUCAGAUGAGAUUAUUCCAAAUUCUCAGGCAGAAAAUGUGGAUACUUCCGCUCCUGAAGAACAUUUCGGAAACGAGCAGACUGCAAGUCCCGGAGCACUCAUUCGGACACCGACAAUGUGGACGCGGAGUGAGAUCGAUGAGUUCAAAGAAAGCUUGGCUGACACGAAAGAUGCCAUUGUACAAGUGGGCUGCGGUGAAGUCAUCACGAUUCGAGUACCGGCCUACCCAGCAGGAUCCAGUAUCGUUUGGGAGUUUGCAACCGACAGUUAUGACAUCGGAUUCGGAUUAUUUUUCGAAUGGGCCUCGCCAGAAUCAGAAGUUCAUCAACAACAACAGCCGGACUUCCCAGUAGACCACGAUAAAUCAACUGCAUCAGAGCAAGUGUCAAUGUCUCCGGCCUAUCCGCCACCUCUGGUUGACGAAAUCGUCCCUGUCUACCGGCGCAAUUCACAUCAGGAAAUCUACUGUGGUUCACACAUAUAUCCUGGUCUGGGAACGUACUUGUUCAAGUUUGACAAUUCCUAUUCCCUUUGGCGUUCUAAAAUGCUGUACUAUCGUGUUUAUUACACAUGUUAGGCACAGUGGCUCGCUACACGCGCACGCAAAUGGCAGUGCCCUGAUUUCCACUACCAUCUGACAUGGGUCUACUUGUGUGCGCCUGCAUGUGAUUUCUCAUAUUUUACGGCUGUGAACUCUGACCCACCACCAGACUGGUGUGUACUGGGUUGCUAACUUGGCGUGUUUUGCGUCCAUUCGAUUUAUUCUGGAUGUAUCCGAUCACACCAUCUUGCCUCCAGUUGGUGUGUGAAUUAGCACCUUAUAUUCUUUGGUGUUGUUGUAGGUCCUACUGCAUGAGAACCCUUGUCAGCAAAGAAUACUGGGUGCUGUGUUUUUGUUUCCCGUCUAUUUUUUUUCACGGAUCCUCGAUUUGUUGUUGGAUGGAAAACCUGUUUGAGGGGGUCGCUAAAGCAAGCCUGUAG